AUGCCUCCAUUUCUCCCGCCUCCCCUCCCGCUACCAUUCCCUCCCAAUCAUGCUUCCAUUGCCUCCUCCUCACGCUACCAUUCCCUCCCCCGCUACCAUUCACUACCCCUCACGCUACCACUCCCUCCCCCUCACGCUUCGAUUCUCUCCCCCUUGAUCUUCCAUUCCCAGACGCCCACGCUUCCAUUCCUUCCCCCUCACGUGUCCAGUCCCUCCCGCUCAUGCCUCCCCAUAUCUUCCCCCUCACGCUUCAAUUCCUUCCCCCUCACGCUUCCAUUCUCUCCCCCUCACGCUUCCAUUCCCUCCCCCUCACGCUUCCAUUCCCUCCUCUACACGCUUUCAUUUCUCCCGCCUCCUUUCAACCUUCCAUUCCAUCCCCCUCACGAUAACCCUCCCUCCCCUUCCAUCCCCUUUUCAAUGGUUUCAUCAUUUCUCCCAUCCCUUCCAACCCAGAACCCAUUUCCUUUCCUUCCCUUCCCUUCAUAUCCCUGCCCUUCCCUUCCUUUCCCACCCCCUCCCUUCCCUUCCCGUCCCAUCCCCUGCUUACCCAGCCAUUUCCUUCCCAUCUCUCCGUUCCAGUCCCUUCCCUUGCUUCGGGUGCCCCUACCUUCACUACGUCUCCUUCACUUCCUUUCCCUUCCCUUGCUUCGGGUCAUGCGAUCCUAUCCCUUCCCGUCCCAUCCCCUGCUUACCCUGCCAUUACCAUCCCAUCCUCUCCGUUCUAGUCCCUUCCCUUGCUUUGAGAGCCCUUACCUUCACUACGUCUCCUUCCUUUCCUUACCCUUCCCUUGCUUCGGGUCACGCAAGGUCGCCGCGCCACAAUUCCCCUUUGUUCCCACCACGCUUCCAAUCCCCUCCCUCCCCCUCACGCAUCCAGUCCCUCCCCCCACACGUCCAGUCCCUCCCCCCACGCGUCCAGUCCCUCCCCCUCACGUGUCCAGUCCCUCCCCCUCACGUGUCCAGUCCCUCCCCCUCACGCGUCCAAUCCCUCCCCCUCACGCAUCCAAUCCCUCACGCGCCCAGUCCCUCCCCCUCACGCGCCCAGUCCCUCCCCCUCACGCGUCCAGUCCCUCCCCCUCACGCGUCCAGUCCCUCCCCCUCACGCGUCCAGUCCCUCACCCUCACGCGUCCAGUCCUUCACCCUCAUGCCUCCAGUUCCUUCCCCCUCACACGUCCAGUUCCUCUCCCUCACACGUCCAGUUCCUCCCUCUCACGCCUCCCCAUUCCUUCCCCCUCACGCUUCAAUUCCUUCCCCCUCAUGCUUCCAUUCCCUCCCCCUCGCGCUUCUACACUAAUCCUCUUUCGCUUCCAAUCCCUCCCCCUCACACUUCCAUUCCCUCCUCUGCACGCUUUCCUUCUUGCUUGCAUUCCCUCCCCUGCACGCUCCCAUUCCCCCCCCCCCCCCCCCCCCCCCUCCCCUCUCUCCCACAUUCCCUCCCUUUAACACUUCCGUUCCCUCCCCCUCAAGCUUCCAUUCUGUCGCAAACACGCUUCUAUUUCCCUCCCCAUCACGCUUCCAAUCACUCCCCCGCUCGUUUCCAUUCCCUCUCCCGCACACUUCCGUUCCCUCCUCCGCUCGCACAUAUUCCCUUUCCCACCCGCUUCCAUGCUCUCUCCUUCACACCUUUCACUCCCCCUCAUGCUUGCAUCCCUUCCCUUCCUUCCCUUCCCUUUCGUCCCUUCCCUACCCAUCCCUUCACCUUCCUUCAGUUUACCACCCUCUCUUUCCUCUCCCCUAGUUUUCCCUACCUGCCCUUCCAAUCCCCUAUUAAUGUUUUCCUCCACUCCCAUCCUUUCCUUCCCUACCAUUUCCUUCCCUUCCCCCUUUUCCCUUCCCUUCCCUCCCCUUUCUAUCCCUUCCCUUCCCUUCCUUUCCCAUCCCUUCCUAUACCUUCCCUACCUAUCUACCCCCCUUCCUAUCCCGUCAUGUCUCAUCCCCUGCUUCCCAAAGGACAAUCCCUUCCCAUCCUCUCCGUUCCAGUCCCUCCCCUUGCUUCGGGUGCCCUUUCGUUCCCUUCGUCUCCUUCCUUUCCUUUCCCUUCCCAUCCCCACACACUUCCGUUCCCUCCCCCGCUCGAUACCAUUCCCUCCCCCGCUCGCUUCCAUUCUCUUUCCAACUCGCUUCCAUGCCCUCUCCUCACGCUCCCAUUCCCCCCCCCCCCCCCCCCCCUUACGGUUGUAUCCCUUCCCUUCAUCCUUGCAUCCCUUCUACUCACUCUUGCAUCCCUUCUCCUCAACCUUGCAUCCCUUCUUUCACUUCCCGACCCAUCCCUUCUUCUUUCUUCAGUUUACCACCCUCUCUUUCCUCUCCCUUAG